AUUAAAAAUGAUAAUAUUACAAGAAAGCAUGAUUAAAUAAAAGGAAAGAAGAGUAUUUAGGCAUCUUAAAGCACUUAGACUUUACUGCGUUUCUUUUGUGUCAAAGUUGAUUCAUUCAACAAUUAUUAUUGAUGGCCUUCAUUCUCAUAAUUGCUUCUCUUGUUUUUCUGUGGAUUGUUUCUCUUUGCAAAGUUCUUCUUCUCCCCCGCAUCCCUUUCGCCAACCAUUUUACGCAUAACAACGGUAAUGCCUCUUUCUUCGUUUCGCCCCAAUUUCUUCUUUUCCUCAUUUCCCUCGUUUUUUCAGGCAGAGCAUUUCGGAAGAGAAAUGCCUUGUUGGUUAUUGCUCAUCCUGAUGACGAAUCCAUGUUCUUUACUCCAACUAUAAAUUUUCUGACUUCAAAGGGGCAUAAUGUUCAAAUACUUUGCUUAUCUAUUGGUGAUGCAGAUGGCAAAGGAAAUAUCAGAAAACAAGAGCUUUUUCAGGCUUGUGUAGCCCUCAAGGUUCCGAUGCAACAAGUGAAGAUUGUCAAUCAUCCAGAUCUGCAGGAUGGUUUUGGUAAAGUUUGGAGCCAUAACUUAUUGGCAAAGAUUAUUGAGGAAGAAAUAACCAGAUGUUGCAUUGAUAUGAUUAUUACCUUUGACAGCCAUGGUGUCUCAGGUCACUGUAAUCAUCGUGAUGUGCAUUAUGGAGUAUGGUUAGCACCAAUAUUUUGCGCAAAUAUAGUGGUCCAGUUGAUAUCUGGUUGUCCAUAUUUUUGGCCAUGCUGCACACAAAUGGAACAAUGCAGUGCUUGGUAAAUGAACAUUCUCGUAGGAGCGUUAUUGCAAUGGCCCAACAUUCAAGCCAGUGGGUGUGGUAUGCAUGCUUUACCUUUUAUUAUAAAACUAUAGACUAAAUAUCUUUCCUUGAAAUCUGCAAAUGUUUUUUAGUUUGGAUUUUAUUUCUUUCAAUGUUUUUCCUUCCUUUAAUCUUUGCCCUUCUUGUGUCAAUAUUGCAAUCCAUCACACGGGACAUCUAUGUGAUAUAUAUAUUUAGAAGCUUCAACUGAAAUUAUCUGAAGAGGCAUUGCACAACAGCACAUCGUUUUUUCUCCAUCUAAAUUCAUUUCUGCAGGUUCCGCAAGCUUUUUGUAGCCUUGUCCAGUUAUACCUAUAUGAACACUCUUAGAAAGGUAUAAAUAAUAAAGUUGCAGUGCUGAAGGAGUUGUGUUGCUUGAGAGAUCAGCUUUCAUUUGUUGCAAUCCUGCUCCUGCUCUGUAUCUAUCAACUGGCUUCCGGGUUCAAGCUAAUACGUUGUGUGGAUUGUACCCUGUGGCUCAAGCAGCCUUUCACUUUCUCAUGACAUGAUUGAACGGAAUCACUGCUAAUUUUCUUCCAAUUAUCCUAGGUGAAUAUCAUUGGUCUGGUCUAUGUUUGUCAGAUUUUGUUUACUAAAUUUUCAAUUUUUUGUAUUGAUAAAACAAAUAUUCUUUACUACCGACGUACUAGCAAAUAGCCUUGAAUCCCGCAUUACUUCUUUCUACUAUCAAUCUUGAAUUACCCACGGGCUAAAACUUUUUUUCCUUUA